AUUCGUUUACCCGCUCGGUCAAUUCAAGCCCACGUGUCAAUUCUUAUCUUACCGCCUCUCCUUUUUGGUCUCUCGCGUGAGUUUUAUAUGCCACAGGUCAUCACGUUGCCGUCGCCGACUGCGUAUACAUUUAUGCUCCUCGUCGCACGUUGACCGGCUCCGUACACAGUGCAUGUCAUUCAGGGUGACAACCGUAUAAGUACUAUCCUUUCCUGACACCGCUAGAUCGGCGCCCAUCCCCCCCAUUCGUACUCGGCACCCAUCCUUAUCGAUGACCAGUGCACGUACGGCACACCUUGCAGCGCUCACUAGCCUCGUUACACCUUUAGUGCCUCAUUAAACAAUCGCGGCUUGCAAGUCAUCCCGGCCCGAAUCAUGUGCAUGAUCACCAGACACCCCUCUUAUCAUCAUCAAUGUUGCAAUUACUCCAUUUCUCAUGAGCAAACGCGACCAGAUCUUCUGAGCUGCAACUGCUAUUGCUCUAGCCGUAUCUCUACUUCAAGGCGCUAUCACAACUCUCAAGGUUCAUGGACAAUCAGGUUCAGUUUGGCCAGAAGGGAACAUCUCUGGUGGGCAGCCAUAGCCCUCGCUCUCGUCGCUUCCUUUGGCUGCAUGGUUCUAUCAUUCCUUGUCGGCAAUAACGACGAUUCACUUGGAUUAAUCAUAUUACUAGCAAGCGCAUCAUCUCUGGCCGUAUCCCGCUAUGCAUGGCAUACCAAAAAAACUCUCGUCCCAGACGACAAAACAGGUCUAUACGCCCCCAUCCACCCUGAAAAAUCUGCUUCCCUCCUCUGGGGUUUCCACAUCGGGUUCACCCCCCGCGUCAGCCGCGGCAUCCUCGCAGUCCCCCAACGCCUCCUCCGAUCUUCCCCCCUCACAUCUUCAGGGCACGACGGCCAACCCGUCUGCCUCGCACACGGUAUCCUAGCGCGCAACAAAGGCUUCGAGCCACACCCCUUCAUCCUCGGUCUCAACCCCGGCACACUCGAAGAAAAAUGCGUCCAAUGGCCACGUCCGAGUAAAGUCCUACGCACGUACUACCGCGAAGAGAUGAACGCAGCCUAUGGAGGCCUAGGGCCUGUAUUCGUAAACGUAGCAACCGAACUUGCGCUCCUACUAGCUGAUUCGAGCCAUAGUCUCAUCGAAGACUGGCUUAGCUUGCGCAUGGAACAUCAGGAUCUCGUAUUAAAUAACCAGCUCACACGGCUUGGUGCGAGCGACGAGGAGCUCAAGGUAUUGUAUCGCCUUUCGUACGCUGCGAUGUUGGUUAGUUUGAGCGCGCAUAGGAAGGGGAGGAAGUGGAGAUCUGAAAUAAAGCUUUUUACGGCGUAUUGGAAGAAGCGUAAGGGUGGGGUACCGGCGUGGAUGGGUGCGGCUGCGGUUGUGGAAAGAAUUGGGAAGGAGGAAAGUGGUGCAGGUGACACGGAUCUGGAUGCGUUGAUCGAGGCUGUUUUGUGUAAGAUCGAUACACCACGUUCUGUGUGAAUAAGCCACGAGGAGGAAUACUUACUUCAAUUUAAUAAUAUUAAAAUUGUGACAUA